AUGGAUAUGCUUUUUAACAAAUCAAAAAAUUAUGUGAAAAAAAUUCAAAAUAAUAUGGAAAGAAAAUAUACUGAAGGAAAUAAAAAAUUUAGUGAUAAUGAUAUAGAAAAAAAAGGUAUAUACAAUGAAGAACUAAAUAUCAAUAAGGAACUUCUUUUGAAUGAAUUAUACAACAUAAAAAAUAAUUUAUUUGAUCAUUCUCCGUUUUCUAAUUAUAUUCAUUUUUAUGAAAUAUACAACAAUCUAAAGUAUAUAGUUAAGUACGAAAAGAAACAAAAUGGAAAUUUGUUUUUUAUUUAUACAAGUAGAAAAAGAAAUUUAUUUUUCUUAGUAUAUUUAUUUUUUUUAUUAUUAAAUGUAUUUUUAUUAUUUCGAUUACAAACAUUAAUUAAAAUUCCCAUUGCUUAUAAUAAUUAUUUUUUCUAUGAAAUAAAUUUUCAUGUUUUUUUUACUUUUUAUGUUCUUACUUAUAGCAUUCUAAAUAUUUAUUUGUUAUUUUGUUCUUAUAAAAUUUUAGCACAUCAUAUUAAUGUUAUGUGCUUAAUAAUUAUACAAUCAUUAUACAAUACUUAUAUAAAAGAAAAAAACAAAGAAAUAUAUAGGAAUACUGAAAUAUUAAUUGAAGGAUGCAAGAAAAUAUUUUAUAAUUUAGAUAACAACUUUGAUAAUAUUAUAUUGUUAUAUGCUGAUAAUAUAUUUAAUAAAUUUACUAAUAUAUUUAAAUAUAUAAAUAAAGAAAACUGUGAAUAUGAAGAUACAUAUACAAAUCACAAUUAUGAAACAUUCAUAAAAAAUGAGGAUACUCCUAAUAUAUAUAAAGAUGGACAUUCAUAUGAAUUAGAUAAUACUUAUAAAAAAAAUGAAAAUAUAUUGAGUAAAAAAUAUUCGACAGUAAUAAAUAUGAAAAAUGAGGAUUUUUAUAAAAAAUUAAAUUAUAUAACUACUGAUAAAAUGUACAAAUAUUCUAAUGAUAAUAGAAAAAGCAUUUAUAAUAUUUAUGGAAAUUCUAUUUAUUCUAAUAUUUAUGACAUAAAUAUACAUAUGAAAUAUAAAUAUAAUUAUAUUCACUCAUUAAUGUUACAAAAAUGUCAAACAAAAAUAAAUUAUAUAAAGUUUUUUUUUUAUUUCUUCCCAUAUUUAAUUAAUUUAUUUAUUAAUUUAAUAUUAAAUUUUUAUGUUUUAAUUUCAGUUUAUUAUUAUAAUAAUGUAAUUCCAUUAGCAUCAUCUUAUGAAUUAUCUAAACUAAAUUUACUAAAUAUAUUAAAUUAUAAAGGAAUAUAUUAUAUCUUAUUCGUAUUUCUAGUCAAUUUUUUUUUUUUCUUAUAUACUUUGUUUCUAUGUAAAUUAAACACUAUUUAUUUUUUUCUUAGGCAAAUAUAUACAUUAUGCAAAUAUGAAUCAAUAUAUUACUGUGAUCGUGUUAUGAAUGAAAUAUACGAAAAUUUUAUUUUUUCUGAAAUUUUAAAAGAUAUAUUUGAUUCAAAAAAUAAGGAUAUUAUAAAAGUUAAAGAUAACGAAAAAAUUGUAUGUAACCAAAUUUUACAAAAAAAAAUAACUAACACAGAAAAUAUUUAUGAGCAACAAAGAUGCAAAGAUGGUAUUCAAGAAGUACAAUGUUUUAGUAAUGCUUCAAAAUCAGUUAAUGAUAAGAAUAAUAAUCACAAGAUAAAUGAAUUUAAGUAUUUAUCUAAUUUAACUAAUCUUGAAAAUAUUCAUGAAAAUAAUUCUUUUAAAAAUGAUAGUACUAAAAUAAAAGAUAAGAUGAAUCAUUGCGAAAAAUAUUUCUCUAUUAGUUAA